GUUUCAAUUUGACCGUCGAAUGCAGAGAACGUCGGUACACCGCUCUUGCUAUUGCUAUCGGCCAGCUAAAACAAAAACGACCUGAAGCCAUAAAAACGCGUGUGAAUGAGAGGCCAACGAAAUAUCCAUAGCAUAAGUGAACAGUGAGCCAGUGAGCGCUUUAAAUAGAAAACGCGAAAUAGUCAACUCGAUGGAACGCAAGUGUAGGAAAUAAAUCGCCGUCUAGAUUAUUAUAGCAAAAUUGCCAAAAUAACCACUUGUGAGCCAAAGUGACACAAUGUGAAGAGCAAACGAAAAUAUAAAAAUAAAUUAAAAAACAAAUAAAUAAAUGCAAUAGGGUUAACUUAAACAUCACAGGGGAAGGAUUAUCAAAGGCCCUGAUCCAAAAUAAAACGAAUUAAAAAAAAAACGAUUGUUUAUUAUUUAUGGUAAAAUAAUACACCGUAGUAAUUUUUCAAGAACAGUCAAAUUUGGAAAGAAUGAAAUAUAUAAAGAAAUUAUGACUGACAACGGUUUUGAAUUAAAGUGAAAAGUGAUAUUGAUGCACUAAAGCAGCACUCGGAAAACAUCAACGAGGCAACAUACAAAAUUAAAGUUUUAAAAAUUCUUAAAAGAAAAUUUUGCGGUAAAGUGACUUAACAAUUAACGGUAUGGGAAACAUGGCGCUGAGGCAAUCAGCAAAGGAUGUUGCCAAGUCGAAUUGCGUCGCAGUGAGAAGUUCAAUAUCCCUAUCGCUGGUACUGGUGCUUUGCUUAGCGCUAGUUGAUAGCUCCACUGCACAAGUUGAUACCACCAUUAGUCAGCAAGAAAGUCAAUCAGUUGUUCUACCCUGCCCCGUCGAUGCAGAAAAGUGCGGAAAACUCCACUCACUAAAUUGGUUUAAGGGCGAUGAUCGCAUUGCUGCAAUGCUUCUUGGAGAUAGUAAUGUCACAAGUGUUAAUAAAGAGUUCGACGAAAGGGUAACUGUGGAGCAAAACCCAUACAGACUAGUAAUUAAGGACUUAAAAAUAGCUGAUGAAGAUAUUUAUCUUUGUGAUACUACAUUUUUUAUACCAGAAGAAACUUGUGAUAACUUUAAUGGAUAUCGAAUAGAAUUGAGAGUCUUAGUGCCACCCACUGAGGUUGUUAUCCUGGAUGCAAAAGGAGAUCGAAUCAAGAACGGCAGUGUAGUGGGGCCCAUGCAGGAACGCCAGUCCCUCAAAGCUACAUGUACUGUAAGGAACACCCGACCUCAACCUGAAGUGAGCUGGUUUCGCGGAACAAAGCGUUUGACAACUUACUCCCCCACUCAUGACUUAGUCGAUGGUCUUUAUACGUCAACACUGGAGUUGGAUUGGACAUUGUCUCGCGAAGAUCUUGCUCAGGAUAUUGAGUGUCGUGUGAAAUCUGCAGCAAUACAAAAUGUUACUGUAACUAAGUUUAGCGUGGAUCUACAAGUUCGCCCAACUAGCAUUGACAUUAAUGGCGUAAAACAUCACACAGUACAAGGCAGCAAAGUGGUUUUAACAUGUGACAUUCACGGCGCUCGACCGGCAGUAAAUCUUACUUGGUAUAAUACAACCACCAUAAUAAGCUCUGGCGAAAAUGAAAUAACUGAAGUUCGGUCUAAAUCGCUCGAAAAAAGCGAUGGCACCUUUCACACUCAAUCCGAACUAAUUUUUAAUGCCACUCGGUUUGAAAAUGAUCGCGUAUUUCGCUGUGAAGCUGAAAAUAUUGUUCUGCAAAUUAAUCGCGAAAAACCAAUUUCAUCAGCGCUCACGUUGGAAGUCCUAUAUCCCCCCGUAGUCAAAGUCAGUCCAUCUGCUAUAACUGCCAAUACAAGUGAAAUAGUUCUUCUUAAUUGUGAAUACUUUGCGAACCCAGCUUCUCUGACUCAAGUUGAAUGGUAUCGCAAUGAUAUUUUAGUGAAUGUCAAUGACACGACUCAUUAUAAAGGUGGUAAUUCGGAGAAUGUGGCUCUUGUUAUAAAAUCUACUGAAAAAGAGGACAUUGGAAAUUAUUCAUGUCAAUUGUCAAAUAAUAUUGGCAAAGGAACUUCUGAUCAAAAAAUAAAUCUUGACGUGCAGUAUGCUCCAACUGUUGAAAUUCUAAUGAUACCAGAGGGACCGGUAAAGGAAAGCGAUGAAUCAAAUGUUACUCUUUUUUGCAACGUGUUGGAUGCAAAUCCGUCUGUUCUUACCAAAGUGAGGUGGUACGCCAACUCUACGCUCCUUAAGGAACUUCCAGACUGCGAAGAAACAAGAGAGGACCUGUGUCACAUAGACCCCAGUAAACUCUUGUUGGAGAGCAUUGGUCGUGGCUUCUUCUACAAUUAUUCCUGUGAGGGAUUCAAUGCUGCAGGCUGGGGUCCACGAAGCGAAGAUAAAGAGCUGUUGGUACAUUACGAGCCAGGUCCUGCGGCACUAUCUCAUUUCCCGUUAGUCGCCGUUAAGAAAAAGAGUGUGACAUUCUCCUGUUCCGUAGAUGAUCCCGGAUUUCCAGAAUCAAAUAGAUUUCGUUGGCUACGCGGCGGUCGGGGUCCUCUGCAGGACAUUGUGACGAAGGACUGGACGGUGGAGCCAGUGGGUCUCGAUAGCCGGACAAAUUAUUCUUGCUACGCAUACAAUGAGGGAGGCAAAGGUGUGAUGGCCACGGUAAACUUAGAGGUACACGCACCCCCGUUCUUCAUCAAGAACUUGCCACCGUACACGGGCAUUUUGCAUUCUUCACCAAAUGCAACUUUGACUUGUCGCAUCGAAUGCGUCCCGCGAUGCGACAUAUCUUGGCAAAAGGAUGGUGUGCCAAUAGAAAGGAACGAUAGCCGAUAUUUUAUUAAAGAAAAAUACAUGGAUGCCUCCCCCGCAACGGGAGAUUUUGAAAGCAUGCUAUCAGUGUUGCACUUCAAUAUGCCAAAUUGGCCUGAUUCGAAAUUCAACAUCGAGGCUGAUAAUGCAAACUACUCAUGCGUAUCAACGGGUAAUAUCGUCGGCGGAAGCAUAAGAAGUCGCACCUAUUUUGGCAUUGAGUACGCACCCGAAAAUACGACGGUUUCGGAGAACAUUGUUUAUGUGCAGGAAGACACAAUACCAGGACGAGUUAUUUGCAAAUCUCGAGCUAAUCCAGAGCCUUCAUACAAGUGGAUUUUCAAAAACGAAACUAUUGCCAAUGGCAAUGCGUUAAUUAUUAAUACUGCUAUGAACAGAAACGACGAUGGAACAUAUACGUGUUUAGCUUAUAACAAGCACGGCAGCAGCAUUGCGAAAACCGUAAUUAAAGUACAAUUUAAGCCACGUUGCGAAAUCGAGAGACAGGAAAUCGAUGACCAGGACACGCUCAUUUGUACUGCAUACGGAAAUCCUAUAGAGGCAGAUUUUUCUUGGUCAAUUAAAACUGAAAAUGAAACAGACGAAAACUUGGGCAGCGGAAAAAAGGAAAAUUCGGUAGAAAAGAGUUUUUACAUAUUGCAGACGGACUAUGCAAUAUCCAGGACUUACAGAUGUGUGGCGAAUAAUACAGUUGGUUAUGGCCCAUUUUGUGAAAUUGAAGUAGCUGAGCAACUGGCAUGGUGGCAACUCUGGGAAAAGAACACUCUUAUCAUACUGGUUGCUGCUAUCUUGGGAUUAUUGCUGACCGUAAUUGUAAUAUGUUGCAUAAUUAUAUGUAUUUGCCGUCGCCGUCGGCGCCAGGAUAAAUUACACGACAAGUCGUCUUCACUAAGGGAACCGUUGACGGAACCUGGCGAGUAUGAGAAUCUACCAUUUCAUGGUCUGCAAACGGCACCUAACAAGUUCUCUACUACCCCUACAAAUUUUAAUAACAACACAAAUGCGGUGCGCGUUGCUCAAAGACCCAAGGAACUGAUUGGAAAUAUCAAUCAGCCAUCUGUCGGCCUCUACCAAGAUUGCCAGGCCACUCAUGAUCCACUAUUGUACCAUCAAAAAUAUUUUUGCGAUCAGGACGCACUUAAUGAUCAGAGAUCGCAGUACACCACAAUGCACCGCCCACCAAACAAUGUACAGUAUAACCAAAGCUUAUUUAAACCAGAUUCUAAUCUUCAAGAUCAACACAACCUCAGCAAUUGCAUUUCUAAAAGUUACACUGAGUAUUACCAGCAGCAUCAACGUUCGGAAAAAUUGCAAAUGAUAUUUCCACAAGGAGCGUCUAAAGAAUUAAACAGCAACUCGCUGUGUAAUACUGAUCAUACUCCACACUCGGCACUGGUUAAUAUUAACUUAAGGAAAUACGAUAGAACGGAAGAAGAAUUACUUGGCAAUAUGCCACGUGCGAGGCACAGAAAAGGCACUUUGAACGUUGAGAACAAAUUUUAUUCGCUAAAGCAUCUAGGCGGAAUCGAGGUAAGAAAUCAGGACCUGGAUAAAGACUAUCCCAUAGGUGGUACCACAUCAUCAACACCCUCCGCUACUGACGAUAGCUCCCUUUCCAAAUGCAAGAUACACAAUUCCCUUGGUUGCAAUAGGCUUUGUAAUGUUGGCACGAACGUUCAACCGAUGCGCGUAUAUGAUCCUCCUGGAUAUCAGAACAUGGUUUUGGAGCGCGCAGAUGAUCAAAUUACAUUAUCUAAAAAAGACGAGUGCAACCUGGCUACUGUACAAACGCACACCCAUCCAGGCAAAGAUAAAAUAAAAAAUCAUCAUCAUUGGAUUCACCAGCACCGGGAAAAAAAAGAUGAAGGCCUAGGUUCUGAUUUUCAUCAAUUGGAGCCUGAACGCAUCAGCAUAUAUCGGAGCGACUCUGGAAUUUCCAACAGCUCUUACGAGUCACAAUUUUCAAAACCAAAAAUGGCAACCCUAAACUCAUCCUCUGGUCCAUUAGUUCGAAAAUAUGCACACAGAAACAUUAAAGUCCAUAACAAUGUUUUCAAUACAAGUAAUGUUACUGAAAGCGAGGCACAAUUAGAUGACAGUUCCACAUUGCAUCAGUCCUGCACAGUGCAAAGUUUUGCCCCUUCGCACUGCAACCGUCCUCAACCAAGAAAUCGGUACAGCGAGGAGACUACUAAAAAUGAAUGCGAGCAGCAUCAGCUGGGUCACCAGAGCUUGAGGCCGGCUUCUACUCCUUCAGAAUGCAUUAGUUUAGAUACAUCCAGCAGAAGCGAAUAUAUCAUGUCGACAGUGCCAGCCCAGAGUGAUUCUGUUGAGACACCGAACGAGAAAAUCCAAAUGCUCGCUAUUAAUCCACUUCUAGUUAAAAAUUGGAACAAUGAAUCAUACACCGGUAACAAAAUUAACAAGAAACAGCGGCGGCAAACCAUUAACAACCCAUACGAACAUAUCCAAAGCCACCCAUAUGCAAGACCUGGCGACGUUUGUGAAGUCUCCAGAAAAGCCCAGAGCAACAGCUCAGAAGCAUUUAAAACUUACAAUUAUGGCUCCAAAUCUAACUCGAGUGCUCCACAAACAGCAGCGCCAGAGCAUUCGAAAGUCAAGAACGCCACAAAAAUCUGCAAAAAAAACGGGAUUGGCGCCAAUAGAGAACAUUAUGAAGGAAUGCUAGCUUCAAAACACAUACAGGGGUCAAGACUAGGUUCUCUAGCCGACAUCGAUGAUUUUCCGUCCCAGGGCCCCUUGAACGCAUUAGUAGGUAAUCCCGCCGAUUGCCUAGUGGCGAGACGUCCUAUACGAUUGCCGUUGCGUAAACAUCACACCUUCCAUUUCCAAAGCACUCAGACAGCCAACGGCAAGCUACAACAACUGAGGGAGCGACUGCAACUUCAGCUACACGAAAGUCGGAAGGUUGAUCAAGAAAAAUUUCCACUGGUGUUUGAUGCACUGGAAUUAAGUGAAAAGCAUGCAUUCAAGCCAAUUUCACCCAUACCAUCACUGAACAAUUCGGCAGUGCAGAGUACAGGGGAACAGAAGCAAGUCGAUUUUCCGAAACAUGGUUCUGUACGCCAUUUGAAAGGGGCAGAAGAUGAUGAAGACCUUGGAUACAGUUUCUGUGAAGAAGAAUGCGUUGUAGAAAACGAUAUAAAUCCCACCUCGGACAAUCUUAAAACUGCCCCGACCAACAGCUCCUGUUCAUCGACGGCUGUUGAAAGCGCGAAUCCCAUAAAUGCCCAAAUUUUUGAUGAUGAAUUCAUUUAUGCUGAUCUCGAGAGUCAACAUUACGGACCUAUCAAUUACAAGGCGGCUUCCCUAUACUCACAAGUAAAGAAAAAUAAGGAGUCAGGCGCUCUUGAUGAUCUUAAAUAAUCUUCUCUUUUGUUUUGACAAUGCAUUUUAAAUAAUAAAUUGUGGAUUUUAGCUUAGAAAAUUUUUGAAGUGUUUAGAAUGUUUAAUAUGGAGUAUACUGAAUAAAAACAUUAACAUACAAAAAAAUCUUCUGAAAGUUCUCUCGAUUGUGAUUGAUCGAUCGAUAUGUGAUUGAUAAGUAGAAUUCGAGAGAACUUUAUUUAAAAUUUUUUUAUUUUUAAAUUUUUUUUAAUGGCGGUAGUCACUGAAUGUUUUAGAUUAAGUACCAUAUAUAUUACAUUAAUUUUAAACCCAUCAUUUUUAUUUCGAGUGAAAAUCGAAUUUAUUUAUCUGUGCACGUGCGCCUUGAAGCUUAGUUUGAAGAAUAGAAAUAGUUUUAAAAAUGCGUCAAGAAAUUUCGAAGUAAACUGCUUACAUUCAUGCAAAUUUUAUAUUUAAAAACUCGGCAAAAAAAUUAAAAAAAAACAUAACAAAAAAUUGUGCAACUGUUCUUGCAACAUUAAAGAUUAGGGAUUUACCAACAAAUAUUUCCACCAUUACUGUUUAUGUAAGGUAAGAUGUAAAGGGAACCCGGGAAUACUCGUAUUUAACUUGCAAUUCUCUGUUUGAGAGUAAUCCUUGUAGAUAUGACCAUAGUGUGAUUAAAAGAUUUUUUCUAAAAUAAAGUUAAUAAAGUAAUGGUGAAUUAGAAUAUGAAAAGAGCAUGUUCAUUUUUUUGCACUUAAUUUUUCAGUAUCAAGAAUUAGGUUGACAAAGAGCUAUAUCCAUGAACGGCAGAGAAGCCUGCAUUUUGCCAAAAGUACUUAGUUGGUAUUGGACCAUCGAUCCGAAAUGAAGUUGUUGGCCAUAUCACCGCGACGUGGGACAGCAAGAGUAUUUUCUGUAGCUAGGACGUCUUCAUCGAGAUUCCUUUCAGUGUACGAACGUGUUCUGGGUGUGCUUCGUCAAACUGCCAGGAUUCAUUUGUUGACGUAGUCAGUCAAAAUUUGCAGCAUACUUGACGCCACGGUAUACAAUAAGCUACCCCGAUCUGUCCUCGCAGUUGAACAACUUGGCGCCCAAGUUUAAUAAAAGCCAUAUUAGGUCCAACACUGACCUGCGCCAUCGAAGUGUGGGAGUUCCCCACAGGCAGUUCGCCUCUAAGACUCAGCUCAAUAGGCUUAGAGCAAUACAAUCGCGAGCGGAACGACAUGCAUCUGGGCUACCCUGGUAUGUGAGCAAGCGAGUUAUCGAAAGGGACUUAAAAGUUGUCCCACUGGGAGACCAAAUAAACUUCCACAGCUGCCGAUAUGCCGACAGACAGCGCCCACCCGAACACGUUGGCGAAUGAUCUUGUCGACCCUAUUUUAAAGAGAAUACAUGUCUAAAGAGAAUACAUCCCCAUGAACUCCUUACACGUAAGAUAGCAUAAUCUCUCCACGGUACAUUUGUAUACAUCAUAAUUAAGGAACAGUAUCCAUAAUAUUAUCUUUUAAGCUACACAUUAUGUUAAGUUCAGAAGGAACUGAACGAUUCCUAGUGAAUAAUAAUUAUUUUACAAAAAAAAAAAGACAGAGAUUUCAACGCCAAGCACACACGAUAAGGACUGUUAAUCCCAAAUAAUUCUCAAAUGUAUAAGGAAUAUGGUUUGCAGUGUUCACUCAAGUGGAGAACGCACAUACUGGCCUACUGACUUCACAGGGAUCCCUGAUCUCUCGGACUUCGCGGUAAGCAAAGCUACUGACCCUACCAAAAAAUGUCCACCUCUGCCCGCUACAACCUGUGUUCGGAUCAUAGCAUGAUCAAGAUCCUCUUAAAAAGUCGUACCUCAUCUGCAGUGAAGCUUAUAAGGCGCAACACAAAUAUCAGCAGUUACAAGAGCUGGCUGGAAGAACACAUAGAUCCUCAGCCCGGAUUCUAAACUCCGAACGAAAUUGAUGAUGUGGUAGAUAGUCUCACUUUGCAGCGAACAUUGCAACACCAACAGUUGAAGUCCCUAGAGCCGCAAAUCAUAAUCAACAGAUUUAGCUACCAUGGUAAGAGAGAGGAAAGUACUGAAGAGGGUCCGGCAGAUCAGCAGACGCCGGAGUGACAAGACUGCGUACAAUCGAGCAUGUAAAGACCUCAAGAAAAUGCUUAUUGACCUCAAAAGUAAAUCUCUGG